AUGGGCGACGCGCGCGUCACGGCUGAUACCGCGGUGCGAUGCGAGCCUCAGAAACGAGCGCGGGAAGCCAAGCGUCGACGUCGAGCGCCCGCGGCUGGUCGAUGGCUUUCGUUUGGAGUCCUCAGCGUCGUGUUUUUACCGCUUUCUCUUUGCCCGUGCGCGUCCGCGGAGGCGAUUUGGGGGCUAGAGAUGGUGUAUGACGGUCUCGGGUACGAUCCAGAGCACCCGACGCUGGUGUGCGGGCCGUCGACGGAGGGGAACUCGUUUCGCACGGCGGGGUGCGUCCCGACGAUAACGGAGCGGGACUCGUACGGGACGCCGGGCGAUCCGGGAUUUAGUUUCGCGCGAUACGCGUACAAGGGGAAGUCGUACGGUCCACCGUAUAACGAUGUUCAGGACAUGGCGGCGUGCACGUACUCGUUGUCGUACGACGCGGCUGUCGCGCGCGGGCUGGAGCGAUGCUUCUACGCGCCAGACGUGGGUGGCGUGCGGACGACGGAGUAUCAGAAUACGGCGACGAACUUAGGAUUUAGCAUGUCUGGAUGGCGCCUUCCAGCGGCGGAGUGGAAGGAUAAGUUGCCCGACUACGUGAGGCUGAGGUAUGAUUUGCCACCGCUACGUUUGGGCUUCGAGGAGGGAACGUUUUGGCCAAGUUGGAAGUUGCUCUCUCAAGGUUUGCCGAACUUUGCCGUCACGAAAAAGUGUUUCCUUGAGGCACAUAGUGGAGAAUAUCAGCUGUGCAGCGCGUAUCCGACGGAACGCAGCGAAGAUAUUCACGGAGUUCUUCGAGUGCAAAGUAUUUCAUUCGCUCUUGGUCGGGGGGAUUUGAUGUUCGAGGCAAAUGGAGGGGACAAAAACGUCCCAGACAUUCCUCAAGACCCGUAUGAUAUCGCUUCACACGGUAAGGGUACUGUCGGAGUAGCUUUAACGAGAAUUAGUGACGGAUAUCGAGUGCUCACGAAGCCCGUCCGAUCGAGACGAUACUGGACGACGUACACAUGGUCAGAAGAGGAUUUAGCGCCUUAUUAUGGUGAAGUUUUUAGACUCGAAGUUCUAGAUUAUCGAUCGGGCCCGUUCGGUUGGAUCGCAGUGGAUUCAUUUAUUAUUCCUCAGGCACCUGUGAUCAUUAAAUCCGUCAGUCCAGCCAUUGGAAGCAGCCAAGGUGGCACUAGGAUAACCAUCACGGGAUAUAAUUUUGGCAGCUCUGUUGAUGACAAGACCGUCUUCAUCGGCGACAAGGAAUGCACAGAUUUAGGCAUGGCUUACUCUAGAUGCACGUCUGCGAACACCGUUUGCGCAGGUGCACUGAGUUGCACGGUCCCCGCGGGCGAAGGAUCCGGUGUGACGGUUUCAGUUGUGAUAGGUGAUCCCGAUUUGGUUCGUAGUGUCAGCUCAGAAGAGCGGGCUAAUGGCAAAUUUCAGGCUGGUUUGUGUGGAGCCGCUUCCAAGGUAUACCCGUAUUCGGAUUGUGAAAUUGCUGAAGUUUCGAGCUCGUCUGGUGCUCGUCAGCGAGGUUUCACAUAUGCCGAUCCCCCACGCGUCACGAGUGAUGAUAUUUUGACCGCCACACAGGACUCGCUAUAUGAGUACAGGAUUACAGCAGAGGAUGCGGACGGAGACGUGUUGACGUACGAGGCGGUCACUUUGCCAUCAUUUCUACGCUUCGAUCCGACCACUCGGUUGCUCACGGGUAUACCUUAUGAAGCAGAUGUGCAGUGCAGGAGUGACAGCUGGCAUCCAGCAACCGAGCGAUGCUCAAACAACGCCACGUACGACGUUGAGUUUCGGAUCUCAGACGGAGAGAACGUCAUCACACACAAAUUCAACAUCACCGUCUCGCCGAACUCGACAGCUCUCCUUGUGGAUAACUCGUUUCACUGGGAAAACGCCAUGCAGAUCUUUGAAAAGUACAAAUUAUUAGUCAGUCAAGGAUACGUGGCGGAGUCGCUUAUUGCGCUCGACAAGCGAAAUGUCAGCAGCCCGACAGAGAUUACCGAUUUCAACUACCGAAACAGUAUGGAUGAAGACGAUGACAGUAGACGAACGGCGCUUAUCGCUCUUGCUGAAGAUUCAAGCGUCGACGAGGUCAAGAUAAACGCAGCAAUCCAGUACUUGAAUGCGCACGGACAUGCCUCAGAAAAUCUCGAUUUGAUUGCAACUCUCCAAGCACAGGUCACCGCUAGCGAGUCGAGUGAUAGUCUUAGCGGCGCUUCUUCGCCAUCGCAACAAGGAGUUACUUGGCGAGGUUGGUUGAAUUAUUUCAGGAGGCUUGGAGAUACGCUUGGACAGAAUUGUGUUGUUUUUACGAAUAUCAAGGGACUUAUCGUCCCAUCGGGCGCAAAACGAAUGCUCUCAAGGGAGAAUGUCAUCGUCUUGAAAGCCAGCACUCCGUGCAAUACAACCGCUGUGAGAACAGAUAGAUUUAUCCCAGCGUGCAAUCUUACCGAUCUUUCUGAAGAACACGAGAUUUGGAUGGGAUUCAGCGAAGACGGAGUGACUUUGGAGGACAUCAUCAUUUAUCCAGACGAUUUUGAGCACACUGACCUGGUACAAUCGGGCAUUCACACUCAGGAUAUUCCGGGAUUUUUGACGGCGACGAUCAGACGACUAGUAGCACAGUCAGCAAAACUUCAAGAAAUUGUCAUUUUGAGUGAGAAAGCGCCGGUGUGGUACGACAGAACCACAUCCAUGCUCACAGUCGACCUGUAUGUUAAGUCGAAGCCGAUUACCGUGGUCAUGCAGCUCCCAACUUCUUAUCCCUAUCCGGAAACUGGCAAGUAUGGGUUACCCAAUAUCACAGUCAUCAGCUGUGAACAUAUAUCGUAUGAAUACGAGGAUGCUCUCAAACACUUUUCGAGAGUGAUGACGGAAGGGAAGGAAGGGAGUGAUGAGGACGGGAGGGAAGGUGGAUCUUUGCUUGCACGCGUGGAAGAAUUGAACGUUACGGUGGCCGAGUAUGCGUUGAAAUGUCCCAACCUCUGCAACGAUAAGGGGCGCUGUCAAAAAGAGCAGAUUCCUCCAGUAUGCCAGUGUGAUGAUGGAUACGAUGGAGAGGAUUGUUCCACCGUCCAGUGCCCGAGUGCGGUCGCAGGACUGGAGUGCAGUGGCAACGGAGCUUGUGACUCUGAGCAGAUUUGUGUGCUCAACUCAGAAACUGGAGAGAUAGAUUGUGUCGGUGGAACCGGAAAGUGCUCGUGCAACUAUCCGUACUUCGGUAAUGAUUGCUCCUUGAGAUCGUGCAAGAAAAAUUAUAUCGUUUUCGAAGGUAACGCAACGCACAAGCUCGAUAUCUCAGCCGGCACCGCACCCAUCAAAGCCAAAUAUGAGGCCAUGGGCCUCUCUGUGUACGACGUGCAGCUGAGUGAAACAAACGGUGAUCAGGCUCCGGUCUUCGCGAUUCCGGGCGACGAGUACAGUUUGGCGCAUCUUGUUGGGGUGGCUUAUGUGGAGUUCGCCAGUUCUGUGGAAGGUGAAAGGGCAAGAGCGUUGGAACCAUUUUACGCCAAUGGUAUUCCAAGCCGUGGAAAUGCCACACAAGCGCGUUAUUUCGCGCAAGAACUCAGAGCACUGAACAAAAGAGAGCUGCAACUCUUGAAUCUAUUCGGCAAAUCGAAUGCCGAAUGCAACGCUGCGGGUGCUUGCACGUUCGAGACGGGUACGUGCUUCUGCGCCAACAGAUACUACGGCGAUGGUUGCGAAUUUCAGUACUGCUCAAACGAUUGUGGUGGUCAUGGCACGUGCGACAAACUCACUGGUACCUGCACGUGUGAUACAUUUUACGUUGAAGAUGAUACGUAUGGCUGCGUAUUGAAUAAUCACGGUCUCAUUUCAACGACGUGCACGGACGAAAUCAUCGACACGCAUGUUGACAGUAGUGGACGAAGACGGAACCCAUUGCACGCGGCCUGCCUCUUUGGUACAAAGUUAGGACAACUCGUCACGGGAACGACGACCGAUUACGUCAAGGAUGUGACAGGGAAUGUAUGUUUGGAGUGCUCUGGAUACACGUUGGAGAAGAAUAAACGCAUUUACUUUUACCAGGAUGAACCCUGUGACCUAAGUCUUCCCGAACGUGGUAACUCGUCAGGUCUGUGUUCCAACAGAACAUCAUACGAUGAAAUACGACGCGGCUUGGGUAUGAUACCCGCUGAGACCACCGGUUCAAGUGUGACAUUCGAUUUGGUCGCCAUGCGUACGUCGAAAAUCAAAUUCUCCACCUUGAGCACACAGGCUGGAAUUGUACGAGAGUUCCCAGACACAACUCAGAAUGACGGCUGCGGCGACUGUACUGUUGACAAUCCCCGGUGCGGCGCGAUUCUCACGAUCGAAGUCGACGGUGCCGUUGCGUGGAGUUCACUCGUACAUGACCGCUAUCCGGACGUUGAUGGAGGUUCGAUUGAGAUAGAUGUGAGCACUGCGAGCGAGUUAACGCUCUCCACGCAGUCGUACACGCCGCCAUAUUGGUUGUCAAGUUCAACCGACGACAACACACAAGCCGUGUGGUGCAAAGGCGCCGCUUGGGGUGACGUGGAAUUCCAUUAA